AUGGAUUCUGAUGACAAUGAGAACAUCUCCGAGGACAAUCAGAACUCGCUGGAUGAAGAGGUUAUUUUUUCUCGUAGUAACUUAUCAUAAUUCGUGAUUGCUCAGGUGAGUGGCCUUCGUUCAAAACGGCUUCUAGCCAUGGUCGUCUGUCUUCUUAUUCUCUUUCUGCUCACUUUCCUUCUUCUGAUAGUAAGUACUGAACUACCACUACGUGACUGCUUUGACUUCAGCUCAACAUUCUGAUAAUUACAACCCUUCGAAUGGAUCCUACUGGUAUUAAGUUUCUUCGAUUCCAUCACAACGUGAACGUACAGAAUGGUCAGAUAGAAAAGGUGAGAAUGAACUCUGAAUUACCAACUUAAGCAUCAAUAAAGUUUAUAGACUGUUGAAAUGGCUGGAGACAAGAUUCAAUUUGAAAAAGUGGUCACCAACAAAGUUGUCGGAUUCCCUUCAAAAGAUAUACUCAUUCAUGCUCCGAGAAUGUUGAUUUCAUCCCGACCAAACGACAGUAUUCUGGUUAUCAGUGAAAAACUUUGCAAACUGGAGAGAAUUAACAAUUUCCAGGUACACACUUUGUUGAAAUAUUUCACCAUGAAUAAUAAUUUACAUGAAUAAUUCAGGUGCUCUCUCCAAACGGCCGAACUCUGUUCUCAGCCCGUCAUCCGACCGUCAGCAUUGAUAAACGGAUUAAAAAACUGGCGGCGGAGAAAAUAAUCACAAAUAAAGUGAGGUCGGCGGUGGACGAGCCGCUGAAAAUAACAGGGUCUGAUGUAGUGCUUCGUGGGAACGAACAAGUCAGAAUAG